AAAACAUAACCUAAACAUUGUGAGUUGUGUUUGUUACUUAAGAGCGUAAUUUAUUUCUGAAAAUGUCACUCAAAAGAAAAUUAACACAAGAUGACUUACGUAAAGCUAUGAGUGAACACAAAAGGAAAAUAGGAGUGGUUAAAAAAAUUGAAUCGCCGCUGGCAAAAUAUACAGAUGCAGGACAACUUAUGUGUAUUUUAUGCAAAACCAUUGUACGCAGCGAGGCAGUUUGGCCAGUACAUUUAAACUCAAAGACUCAUAAGGAAAAUAUUAUAUUAGCAAAGAAAACAAAACUAGAAACAAAUCCUACAAAAGCUCAAACAUGUAAAAGGCCUAUAUCUCCUUUACAAGAAUCAUCAACAAAUAAGAAAAUAAAGGGUAUAUUAAAAAAUUCUGCACAGUCAGCACAAGUUCUGUCAAGUUUACCAUCAGAUUUCUUUGAUAAUCCUAAACAAGUCAAUUGUACUAUACCAUCAAGUACUCCUAUAAUAACACAACAAUCUGAGAAUGAUAAAGAACCUGUACAUGAAAAAGAUUUGAAAAAUGUAGAAAUAGAGGAGGAAAAAGAAAAAGAGAGAAGCAAAGAUACAAAUCAACCACUACUUCCAGAAGGAUUUUUUGAUGAUCCAGUUCUAGAUGCUAAAGUGCGUAACGUAGAAUAUAAAAAUCCUAUAGAAGAGGAAUGGGAGAAGUUCCAGAAAGAAAUUAAAGAGGAAGCGGCACAGUCUGCACAAAUUAUUGCAGAUGACCAAGAAGAAGCAACAACAGAAAGACAAUUAGAUGAAAUAGAGGAACAAAUAAGACAUUGGUCUAGGGUAAUGGAUCUUGUAAAACGUAAGGAACAGGUGCAAGCUACUGACAGAAAACAAAAAAAUACAGAUGAAGAUGUAUCCAGCGAAGACGAAGUCGAUUUCGAUGAAUUCCUCGAUUGGAGGGCCAAAAAUUCUUAUAAAUAAAAUUUCUAAUUAAUGUAUAGUAUUUAUGACUUUGUAAAUAUUUAUAUGGGUAAUUUCAAAAGUACUUUUAGAAGUAUGGAGAGUAAUAUCCAGAAAGUUGUAUUAAUUAAAUUUUCAUAUAAAAUUCUGGACAUUGUUUGUAUAAAAA